AUGCCCGAGCUGCAGUACCACCGCGGCUUCGGCAACCACGUCAACAGCGAGGCCAUCGCCGGCGCGCUGCCCGCCAACGGCAACACGCCGCAGCGCCCGCCGUACGGCCUCUAUGCCGAGCAGCUCAGCGGCACGGCCUUCACGGCGCCGCGCGCGCACAACCAGCGCUCGUGGCUGUACCGGAUCCGGCCGUCGGUGAUGCACGAGCCCUUUGCGCCCUACUCGCCGCCGCGCGUCGUCGCCUCCUUCCAUGCCCACAGCCCCGAGAUCGAGGCGACGCCGCAGCAGCUGCGCUGGGACCCGCUCGAGCUGCCCAACGCCGCGGCGCUCGACUUUGUCGACGGCAUGGCCACGCUCGCCGGCGCCGGCGACAGCCAGACCAAGGACGGCCUCGCCGUGCACGUCUACUGCUGCGGCCAGAGCAUGCAUCGCAAGGCCUUCUACAACUCCGACGGCGACAUGCUCAUCGUGCCGCAGCAGGGCGCGCUGCGCAUCCGCACCGAGUUCGGCACGCUCGACGUGCCGCCGCUCUUCAUCUGCGUCGUGCAGCGCGGCAUCAAGUUCUCGGUCGACGUGGUGGGGCUCGAGGAGGGCGCCUUUGCGCGCGGCUACAUCUGCGAGGUGUUCAAGGGGCACUUUGAGCUGCCCGAGCUGGGCCCCAUCGGCGCCAACGGCCUCGCCGACGUCAAGGACUUCCAGACGCCCGUCGCCGCGUACGAGGACGUCGACGAGGAGUGGACGGUGGUGAACAAGUUCAUGUCGGGCUACUGGCAGUACAAGCAGGGCCACUCGCCGUUCGACGUGGUCGCGUACUCGGGCAACUACGUGCCGUACCGCUACAACCUCGUCAACUUCAACACGAUGGGCUCCAUCUCCUACGGCCACCCGGACCCGUCGAUCUUCACCGUGCUCACAUGUCCGAGCGACACGCCCGGCACCGCGAUCGCCGACUUUGUCAUCUUCCCGCCGCGCUGGCUCGUCGCCGAGGACACGUUCCGCCCGCCGUACUUCCACCGCAACUGCAUGAGCGAGCUCAUGGUCAAUCUCGCGGGCGUGUACGACGCCAAGGAGUCGCUCAAGGGCGGCGGCUUCGUGCCGGGCGGCGCCUCGCUGCACUCCAUGAACGCCGCACACGGCCCCGACGCCGAGACGCACAAGAAGGCGAGCGCAGCCGAGCUCAAGCCCAUGAAGGUCGGCGAGGGCAGCAUGGCCAUCAUGUUCGAGAGCGCCUACCAGCUCGCCACGACGCGCUGGGCCGUGCUCGAGUCGGGCAAGGUGCAGUCAGACUACUGGAAGGCGUGGGCCGGGCUGGAGAAGCACUUCAAGCCGCCGUCAUCAGCAUGAUGCGCACAGGCGCGUAAUGUACACGUGUAUUGUCGCUCCACCCUCGCGAAGCAGCUUGCGAACAUCGUCGUCUUGCGCCAUUGCUUGGAUCCGAAGAAUGAGGGCAAGCGGCUUUCGAGCCGCGCAGAUCGCGGCUGAAAGCACGCUGCUCUCUUCGUCGAGACUUAGCAACGGCGAAGGAGAAGGUGUUCAGGAGCUGACAAGCGCAAGUCGGACGAUGGCGAAGCUCUUCCUCGGUCUCAAGAUGCAGUGCACGACCGCAGCGCGCGAGCUCGGGCGCCGCACCUGCGUGAAAGCCACUGCUGCGGCACAGAGAAUAGCAGCUCCGUGUGCAGCGCGCCUCGUGUGGCAGAGGAUGUGCGAGAGCGAGCUGCUGGGUAUCGAGGAAGAGCAGACGAUCUUCCUUGGUCGGGUAUAGUGCGGCGG